CCGCCUUUCACCUCCGUGGGAUAGGAGCUGAGGGGAGAAGGCGCGCUCGGCUCUCUCCUGAGCCGCGUAUGCACAAGCGAGACCCCAGAGAGGCCCGAGCAAGUCAACUUGGAAGAAAGCUUUAUCUUGGAGUUAACCCAGAGGAGUUUUUGAAAUCAUUCAUCAUGAAGGGUGUAGUGGAAGACUGCUUCAGAGUAACUGCUUUGCUAUUCAUAGCUCAAGCAGUUUCUGCUAUGGUACUCCCCAAUGCAACACUAUUUGAGGAGAUGCUAGAAAAAUACAUGGAUGAGGAUGGUGAAUGGUGGAUCGCCAAGCAAAGAGGAAAAAGAGCUAUCACUGACAGUGAUAUGCAGAGUAUCUUGGAUCUUCAUAAUAAAUUACGGGGUCAGGUGUAUCCACAAGCUUCCAAUAUGGAAUAUAUGACAUGGGAUGUAGAGCUGGAGAGAUCAGCACAAUCCUGGGCUGAGACAUGUCUUUGGGAACAUGGUCCUGCAAGCCUUCUUCCAUCCAUUGGACAGAACUUGGGAGCACACUGGGGAAGAUAUAGACCUCUAACAUUUCAUGUCCAAGCAUGGUAUGAUGAAGUGAGAGACUUCAGCUAUCCUUAUCCUCAAGAAUGCAACCCUUAUUGCCCUUAUAGAUGUUCUGGUCCUGUAUGUACCCAUUAUACACAGGUGGUAUGGGCCACAAGUAGCAGAAUAGGUUGUGCAGUUAAUUUGUGCCAUAACAUGAAUGUCUGGGGACAGAUAUGGCCAAAAGCCAUUUACCUGGUGUGCAAUUAUUCUCCCAAGGGUAAUUGGUGGGGGCAUGCACCAUACAAGCAUGGUCGCCCAUGUUCUGCAUGUCCACCUAGUUUUGGAGGAGGCUGUAGAGAAAAUCUUUGUUAUAAAGAAGGUUCAGAAAGACGUUACUCUCCAGAGAUGGAAACCAAUGAGAUUGAACGGCAGCAGUCACAUGUUCAGGAUUCAUCACAAAAUCGAUUAAGGUCACAUGCAGCAUCUGAUGAUGGUGACAGAAAUGAAGUCAUAAGCAAACUACAAAUGUCUCAAAUUGUUUCCUGUGAAGUACGGCUAAGGGACCAGUGCAAAGGAACAACUUGUAAUAGGUAUGAAUGUCCUGCUGGCUGUUUGGACAGCAGUGCCAAAGUAGUUGGAAGUGUACAUUAUGACAUGCAAUCAAGCAUUUGCAGAGCUGCAAUACAUUAUGGCAUCCUAGAUAACGAUGGUGGCUGGGUUGAUGUUACCAGGCAAGGAAGAAGAAACUAUUUCAUUAAAUCCUAUAGAAAUGGAGUUCAGUCAAUUGGCAAAUACCAGUCUGCGAAUUCCUUCACAGUCUCUAAAGUGCCAGUGCAAGCUAUCACUUGUGAAACAACUGUGGAACAAUUAUGCCCAUUUUACAAGCCAGCCACACAUUGCCCAAGGCUCUAUUGUCCUCACAAUUGCAUGCAGGCAAAUCCACACUAUGCUCGAGUGAUAGGAUCAAGAAUUUAUUCUGAUGCAUCUAGUAUCUGCCGGACAGCUCUACAUGCUGGAGUGAUUCGGAAUGAAGGAGGCUUUGUUGACGUUAUGCCAGUGGAUAAAAGAAGGAUGUAUUCUGCUUCAUUUCAAAAUGGGAUUUUUUCAGAAAGUUUACAGAAUCCUCCAGGAGGCAAGGCAUUCAGAGUGUUUGCUGUGGUUUGA